AUGGCAGAUCCGAUAACCAACUUUCCCCAGGGCUCCUGGGUCUUAGUCACUGGUGUGACGGGCUUCGUUGCAUCCCACAUUGCCAAAGCCUUCCUCGACCGCGGAUUCAAGGUUCGAGGGACAUCCCGAGACUUAGAUAGGGCAUUAUGGCUCAUAAAGGACGUCCUGAAAGACUUUGCCGCCCGUGGUGAUUUCGAGCUAUCUGAAGUAGCUGAUCUCGCGGACGACCACGCUUUUGACGAGGCGAUCAAGGGGGUUUCUGCCAUCGUUCAUGUGGCCAGCAUCGUCACCUUUGACCCAGAUCCAAACACGGUAAUCCCCAAAACAGUGGCCGGCGCUACUUCGAUUCUUGAGGCCGCAACUCGAGAGCAAUCGGUCAAGGCGUUUGUUUAUACGAGCUAUAUUGGAGCCGUUACGAUGCCUAGACCUGGUAAUGACACCCAAUUUGCAGAAGAAAGAAAGCCACACUUUACUAUCAAUUCAGUACCUCCAUCUGCUAUAAUGGGAGAAGCACUCAACAAGGUCCAUAAUGAGGGUACUGGAGCCUGGAUCAGGAAUCUUUACGACGGAGACACAUCAUUUUGGGGUCCCCAUGGCGCUAAUUAUGGGGUGGAUGUUAAAGACGUAGCCGUGCUGCAUGUUGCUGCCGCCUUGGAGCCUGAGGUUAACAAUGCCCGCCUUCAAGCUUGGGGUCACAAGUGCAACGGUAAUGAUGUUCUAGAGAUCAUGCGCAAGCACUAUCCAGAGCACAGAUUCGUGGAUGACAUGGAUAACCAAACCGUUCUCACUUUUUCAGCUCUUUUGAAGAAAUGGGCUAAUCAGGAUGGAUGGAAGCCGCUGGAACAGACUGUGGUGGAGAACGUGGACAGCAUUCUAAAACUGAACAAUGAUUGA